AACUCCCAUCUCUCCUGGAGGGUUUUGGCAUUCACUUGCCCCAAGGCUGGGGACUGGACCAGAAGUCCUCUCGUUUCUCUGACCAUCCUCAGUCACUCUUAAUCCCAGGCCGACGCGGGAGGGGAGAGAACCAGUGAGAUGGAUAAAUUGCUCUGAGCCCUUGGAUGGAGGGAGUAGAGAAACAGGAGGGAAGGAUGUUGUCAUUGUUAUGAAUAGUAAUUGGAUUUAUCAUCAUUACUCAGGGUUCCCAGAUUGGAAGGAAAUCCCAGUUGGGAGCUAAGUAGACCACACGGCGCUUAUCCAGAAACUCUAGUUGUAGGGCUCUGGCAGCGGCGGGCAUGAUGCUGCAGCUCCUGGUGGGGGCCGUCCUGCCCGCGGCCCUGCUCCUGGCCGCCCCGCCGCCCAUCAACAAGCUGGCCCUGUUCCCCGACAAGAGCGCCUGGUGCGAGGCCAAGAACAUCACCCAGAUUGUGGGCCACAGCGGCUGUGAGGCCGUGUCCAUCCAGAACAGGGCCUGCCUGGGCCAGUGUUUCAGCUACAGUGUCCCCAACACCUUCCCGCAGUCCACCGAGUCCCUGGUGCACUGUGAUUCCUGCAUGCCAGCCCAGUCCAUGUGGGAAAUUGUGACCCUCGAGUGUCCAGGCAACGAGGAGGUGCCCCGAGUGGACAAGCUGGUGGAGAAGAUCCUACACUGCAGCUGUCAGGCCUGCGGCAAGGAGCCCAGCCACGACGGGCUCAGCGUCUACGUGCACGGAGAGGAGGCCCUGGCGGGCGAGGUGCCAGGCCCCCACCACUCCGGCCCGCAUCCCGAGGUCGAGGAGCCCCCGGGCUCCAACCACCAGGAGGAGGAUGGUGGCGAGGAGUGAGCCCCGGGCCCUCCCUCCCCUCCCCGCCCUGGAACUCUUCUGCCCCGGCAGGCGGGGGAGCGGGAGGGGAGAGGCCGACACAGGCAGGGCUGGGGCUCAGCUCUUGGCUCUGCCCCCGCUGCGGGAUCUCCGGACAGAGGUGGACUAAGACCACUGGGGGUUGCCUUGGAGAUUUUUGGCUGGGGUGGGGGGACGUUUCGGGAGGAGAAUCGAGCUGCACAUGUUAAUAUAUUCUGAAGAGACUGGGGGACGGGGGAGAGAUGGGGCAUGGGUUCCUGAGGGAGGGCUAAGGGAAUCCAGCCCUUGCCCUUAGCUAGAGCUGGAGAUUUCCACCCACCCGGUGUGACGUCCCUUCGGCCUGGUGGGAUUGGAGGCCGGUGGGUGUGUGUGGCGGGGAGUGACGGGCAGGGGAGAGGCCCGGAUUUGGGGCUGUCGGUCGGGGCUGCGGAAGCGAAGGGUAGGGUUGAAGAUGGCCGCUCUCAGGGAGGUGGGCCGAAGCAUCAGAACACGCUUCUCUUGGGCAGGGUCUCUGGCUAGAGGCUGGAGCCUUGAGGCAUAUGUAGGUGGAUAGGAUCGGGGGGGCAAUCCUGCCGGUGGGGGGGUGGUCCAAGCUGAGGGGUCAGCUGAGGGUCCAGUCCCAGAAAAAGGAUUAUUUGAAGCCUCAGGGCUUCUGCCCUCACCUUCAGUCAUCAUCAGUGGUACUUAUUAAGGCUUACUGUGUGCAGAGCACUGUACUAAGUGCUUGGGACAGUAGGGAAGCCAGUUGGCACAGUGGAUAGA